CCCUGAGGAACAGCGACAACAAAUCCCGAACAAUUAACCAGGAGGAAGAGGAGAUCCGAAGAGACACCCUAAUAUCCCGAGACCCUCCUGAAGGCGUCCGAGAUGGGGAAACUGAAGGGCGUGCGGGCGGGAAUGGUCGUGGUGGUGGCGGCGCUGACGGUGAUCGGCGGGAGCGUGCGGGUGGCGGCCGGCUCGGCCUGCCUCCCCGCCGAUGAAAUCGCGCCCUGCACCUGCAAAGAGAAGUCAAGAGGACCGAGCCUGGUGUGCGAGAACGUGGACGAGAAGGCGAUCCAGAAGAGCCUGAGCGUGCUGAAGAAGGGCUCGAGCGCCAUCUACAGGUUGAUGUUCCGCAACAGUGACUUCCCUCGCAUCCAGGACUACUUCUUCCUCGGCCUCAACGUGCAACAUCUCACCAUGAGUAGGAGCAACAUCAGCGUCGUGGAGGAGUCUUCUCUCAGGACCUUGGCUGGCACGCUGGAAACACUCGAUCUGUCUUAUAAUAAUUUGCAUACGGUCCCGACGGCGGCGUUGGAGCACCUGCAGAGCCUUUCGUUCCUGAACCUGAACUACAACAUGAUCAAGAUCUUGGGUCAGGCAGCCUUCUCGGGACUGAGGAGUCUGGAGCGCCUCUCUCUCUAUGACAACCAGAUGCAGCACAUUGAGGAAAACGCUUUUGCAGGGACGGGGGACAAGCUCUUCCGCCUCAACCUGGGCAAGAACCACCUAGUGAGCAUUCCCAACCUCCAGGCUCUGUCCAAGCUGCAGGUGCUGACUCUGAGCGAGAACCAGAUAUCGGAGAUACUAGUCGGGGAUUUCAAAGGGCUGGAAAAACUGGACAUACUGAUGGUGGAGAAUAACCACAUCCGGGAACUCGGCGCCAACGUCUUCAUCGAACUUCCGUCUCUGAAUUCGCUGAACAUUAAACAUAACGACAUCAGUAACAUCAGCGAACAUGCCUUUGCUGGGCUUGAAGACAACCUGGAAUGGCUGGAGCUGGGGCACAACCGGCUGGACCACGUCCCCUCGCACGCCCUCAAGUCUCUCCACAACCUGCGGCAGCUCGAUCUCGACUCCAACAAGAUCGUGACUAUUCCCGAGGACGCCUUUGAGGGCUACGGCGACAGUAUCAAGUUUCUGAUGUUGAGCAGGAAUAACAUCAAAAGCAUCGCGCCCAUGACCUUCUACAACCUACACUCUCUGGAAUGGUUGAAAUUGUCUCACAACGAACUCACGAGCCUGACUGAGGAAACAGUGCAGUCCAUCCUCGACACUGUUACUAUGAUUGAUGUGUCUAACAACCAACUGGAGUGUUCGUGUGACUUGAUGUGGCUUCGUUCGUGGCUGCGUGACUUCGCCAAGCGGGAAACCUACAAGUCGUUCGCGAAACACAACUGCAUUGCGGCCAGUAUGCGAACGGUGGAUAUUACGAACCUUAAGAUAGAAGAACUAGGAUGCCCUGAGUACAUCGCGAAGACUGUGAAUUCCGCCAAGAAAACUGCUAUAGUGCCGGUCUUGGUAACACUUCCAGCACUUUUUCUGUCAUUCAUUUUGUAGUGCAUAAAUGUACUUCAUCUGUACCUACUUAUAUGUACAGCCUUCAGGACUGAUUUCCUUGGAGUCAUGAUUUGUUAAUCCUGAAAUGAUUCGUGUUCUUUUCACUCAAAGAACACAUCAACCUGAUAUUGUCGAUUGUUGCUUAACACAUUUUAUAGUAGAGAUUUUAUAUAAAUAUAUACAUUAUUAGGACAUAGUGCAGAUUUAGUUUCUAUCAUUUUUUUAUACACUACUAUUCUACUUUAUAAUUAAUUGUUUUUUUUAGCUUGUUUUUAUUUUUAUUUUUUUUCAUUGCAUUUGUAAAAUUUAUUUGUAUUUUCACUGCAUGAGCAUCAUUAUGUUCUAAGUGUAAAAUGGACAGAAUUUAAUAUUACAUUUUGAAGAAUGACAAUAAACCUUUCUGAAAUAACCAUACAGGACAGGAAUUUGAUUAUUUAGCAAAGAGAGAAAGAGAGAGAGAGAGAGAGAGAGAGAGAGAGAGAGAG